UGCUGCCGCUGGUUGAUUAUGUGCUGCUGACGCUCGGAAGUGAUCCAUGUGUUUGACCUGCUUGACUGUACGUGUGUGCAAGUACACGAUCACUGGACCGGUCCGUUCCACUACAGUAGCGCGUUUUGUUCGCUCUUUAUAGGUUAUUCAAGACUUAUCUGCGCGUGUCAACCGAUCAUGUCUAAAGACACGGAGGCGAAGAGCGAGGAGAUUAUGGAGUCGAAGGUGCUCUGGUACCCGGACUCGAAACACAACACACUGAUGGACCGAUUCCGGAGUCAGGUGAACCGGGAUUUUGGGCUUGAUCUGGCUAAUUAUAAUGACCUGUAUCAGUGGUCUGUGGAAAGUUACCCGGAGUUCUGGGCGGAGGUGUGGGAAUUCUGUGGCAUCACCUAUUCAAACAUGUAUGAAGAGGUGGUUGAUGUGUCUAAAAGGAUAUCAGAUGUACCUGAGUGGUUUAAAGGCAGCAGACUGAAUUAUGCAGAGAACCUGCUCAAACACAAAGACCAGGACAAAGUGGCUCUCUAUGCGACAACCGAAGCGAACGAGGAGAUUGUCAAGGUGACGUUCGGAGAGCUGAGGCGUGACGUCGCACUCUUUGCUGCUGCCAUGAGAAAGAUGGGCAUCAAAACAGGAGACAGGGUCGUAGGAUAUCUGCCCAAUGGGAUCCAUGCUGUUGAGGCCAUGCUUGCUGCAGCCAGCAUAGGAGCCAUCUGGAGUUCAACCUCUCCAGAUUUUGGUGUCAAUGGGGUGUUGGACAGGUUUUCUCAGAUUCAGCCCAAGUUGAUAUUCUCAGUAGCAGCUGUUGUGUAUAACGGCAAGCAGCACGACCAUAUGGAGAAACUGCAGAAUGUUGUAAAAGGUCUCCCUGACCUGAAAAAGGUUGUGGUCAUACCAUACGCUCGCUCUCGAGAAGAGACAGACCUCUCCAAGAUUCUCAACAGUGUGUUCCUGGAGGACUUUUUGGCCACAGGUAAAGAAGGGGAUCAGGACCCUCAACUGGAGUUUGAGCAGCUGCCCUUCUCUCACCCUCUCUUCAUCAUGUACUCCUCUGGCACCACUGGAGCUCCCAAGUGCAUGGUGCACUCUGCUGGGGGCACUCUUAUUCAGCAUCUUAAAGAACACAUUCUCCAUGGCAACAUGACCUACAAUGAUGUCAUAAUAUAUUAUACUACGACGGGCUGGAUGAUGUGGAACUGGCUAGUGUCCUCUUUAGCUGUCGGGGCAUCCGUGGUGCUCUACGAUGGCUCUCCUCUCGUUCCGAGUGCCAAUGUGCUUUGGGACCUAGUAGACCGACUUGGAAUCACAAUUUUUGGGACCGGAGCAAAAUGGCUGGCUGUGUUGGAGGAGAGAAAUCUGAAACCAGCAAACACGCACAACCUGCAGACCCUGCACACUCUCCUGUCCACUGGCUCUCCACUGAAGCCUCAGAGUUAUGAGUAUGUGUACCGCUGCAUAAAGAGCAAUGUGCUGCUGGGAUCCAUAUCAGGUGGCACAGACAUAAUUUCAUGCUUCAUGGGACAGAACAUGACAGUGCCAGUUUACAGAGGAGAAAUCCAGGCACGGAAUUUGGCCAUGGCCGUGGAGUCCUGGAGCUGUGAAGGUAAGCCUGUGUGGGGGGAGAGUGGGGAGCUUGUUUGUUUGAAGCCCAUCCCAUGCCAGCCCACUCAUUUCUGGAAUGAUGAGAACGGCAGCAAAUACCAUAAAGCCUACUUUUCCACUUUCCCAGGAGUCUGGGCCCAUGGUGAUUACUGUAAAAUAAACCCAAAAACAGGAGGAGUUGUCAUGCUGGGGAGAAGUGAUGGAACCUUGAAUCCUAAUGGUGUACGAUUUGGGAGCUCAGAAAUAUAUAACAUUGUGGAAGCCUUUGAGGAAGUAUCCGACAGCCUUUGUGUGCCUCAGUACAACAGUGAUGGAGAAGAGAGGGUGAUUCUAUUCCUGAAGAUGGGACCCAAUAAGACCUUCAGUCAAGAGCUAGUUGGGAAGAUCCGUAGUGCUAUCAGAGUAGCUCUCUCUGCACGACACAUACCUGCCUUGAUACUGGAAACCAAAGACAUCCCGUACACUAUCAGUGGUAAGAAAGUGGAGGUUGCAGUUAAGCAGGUGAUUGCAGGUAAGGAGGUGACUCAGCGAGGGGCUUUCUCAAACCCUGACUCCUUGGAUCUCUACAAGAAUCUACCUGAGCUCCAGAAUUUCUGAAAACCUGCAUGAGGUACAAAACAUUUGAACUCCUGACCCAAGGUCCAGAAUUUCUAAACCCCCUUCGUUGGGUUCAGAUUCAAUUGGCAUCUGUUGAAACUUUGGACCAUUUGCAGGAAUUAUAGAGCUUUCAAACAUCUCAUCUCCCUGAGAUUUCUGAACCUGUUGUGGCACUCGUUCAAACUCUCAAAUCUCUCAUACUCAGUUGCUGAACUGGUGGAGUCUGUACAUAUUAUACGUCCUGAAUUACUGAAGUGUAACUCAGUUCUUCUUGGGUAGAAAACUGAGAAUGCCAUUUUAUGAGAUUUCAGAGGUAUUACAUCUAAAAGGGACAUUUUAUCUGCUUUUGUUAUUACAUCCGCCAAACAUUCUUCCCAAGCAAUGUACCAAACUCCAACAAUAUGUUUUUUUCCUAAAUCUUUUUUCCCCUCUACCAUGUCAUUCCUAUAAUUUACCUCAUACAUUUUUGUUGGAUCGUCACUUUAACCUUAAUGAAGGCUAUGUAAAAUCUAGCCAUUCAUCUUUUGAGGCUUUAAAAUGACAUUAAUUAUGCUCAUCUUCAUAAGUUAAAUACACUGAUAAGUUACUGAAUGUUGUUAUCUUUGAAGAAGAGGUUAUUGUUCAUUAAAGCAGAUUUUAUGAAUAAUGAAAGAGGCAUUUGUUCAGUAGAAAUAUUGACUUCUCUGAUUAACCAACUGUUUGCACAAUCAGCUAGCAUUGUGAGACAUGGUAUUUGCCCAGCUGGUACAGUUUCCUGAUUUACAAAUAGUAGUUGUCCAUCUAAUGUAUGUAUAUUUUUCUUUUUUCCCCUAAAGUUUGAUAUUCUGUCUAGGAACUAGACUGUUUAUAAGAUUUUUUUUAACUAUAUUUCAUUAGUAAAUGGUGAUUUCACCUGAUCAGCUGUUGGAAAUAUUAUACUAUGCAGAGCACUAUUGAGAUUUGAUUGAAACCAAUGUAGCUCACCGGUUACAAAAGGUUUACAUAUAUUUUUACAUGUAUUACAUAGAAUACAAUACACACAGCAUGCACAAAUGAGGAAGCUACAUUUGUUUGUUGUCUGAAAAUCAGCAUGAUUGUUUCAACGAAAUUGUAUCUUGAUAACCUUAUAAAAGGUAAUUGUACUAUCCAAAAUUAUUUGCAUCAAAAGUAAAGGGAAGAUUUCUGGACUGUCCAAAUAUCUGACUUUAUCAACCAGAAUGGACAUUUUAUUUUAUUUUUUCAUUUAUAUAAUGCAAUGCAUUUAAUGAUUAAUGCAAUUAAACUUGUUUUCAAGCAUACAACAGGACCACAUAUCCACACAUACACAGAAACAUACUGUUGCGAGGCAACUUGCAGAAAAGAGAAGAUGAUAUGCUGCAUCUAGUCACAACAAAAACCAGAAAGUUUGUGUCAUUUUAAUCAUUUUAAAACAGUUUUGUGCAGGUAAUGUUAUUUCAGCAGUUGUUUACAACAGAGGAGUCCUACAGGCUAGUAUUAGAUGUACAUUUAAAGUUUGUAUGGGUCAUAUUUCUUUUGGGCCAAGUUUGUAUCGGUUUGGGCUAUCGUCUUUUUGUUUUUUGUUUUUUUAAUUGUGCAAAUUUUUUAUUUAACGUGGGUCUGAAUGGUUCAUGAUAUGUAAUGUAAUUUGGGUGUGUUGCAUGUUGGGGGAAAAAAAUUUACCUGUGAUGAAAUCCACAUGACAUUAGUGAGGAUUCCAUUCUUGGUGUCCUAACAGAAACUUUUCUUUCUUUCUCUCUGUCUGUCUGUCUGUAAUAAUGACUACUUUUUCAAAUUGAAAAUCAUUUAGUAUAGUGGUACAGAUGGUAAGUAGUUGCACAGGCUGCUUGAAUUAAAUCAGUUCUUAUUUCCAUUCAGAUAGGCAGGGAUGGAUCUGUUUCACCUUACGCCCACCCUUGUGCCACCAUAUGCCUCUCUGUGCUCAGUUUUGCUGACAAGACUUGUCUGAGACUAAGGAUGUUAGCAAAGCUACCAAAUCAACAAAACCUCUAUUGACAUUGCACUACAAAAAAAAAAAAUGUUUCCAUAUUCCCAGUAAUUGAACAUUCCUUGGAGAUCUAUUCCAUUUUAUUUUGUUACAUUUUUGAUACAUGGAAUUACUGGAAAUAAUUUUUAGCCAUGAGGUUUUGUUUAGGUUAAUAUUGUAUUACAUGAAAUGUAUUUGACGUACUACUAGUAAAUGCGAGGUGCUCGCUUCUCAAUGGCUAACGUAAUAUUCCUGUUUUGAAAUAUUAUUGCACAUUGCUGAAUUGGGUAAUGAUUACUUAUACAGUUUGAGGAUAUAUUUGUUAUAAAUAUAUUAUGCCUAUAUAUCAAUGGACAGCUUCAGUUGAGACCGCUAGGAACAUACUGUAUUACAUGUAUAAAUAUGCCUAUUGUACUUAUAAUUAAAUAAUGCUUGAAAACGCA